GAGGAGGUAAAGUUAUGUUGUAUUUACAUAGCUAGGUAAUUCGAUAUGUCAAAAAAGAUCUGGUAAAUAUUAAAACAUAUGGAUAUGAAAAGUUCAUCAACCUUUAAACUUCAAAAUGGCUGUCAGAGCAUCUUUUGAGAAGAACAAUGAAAUAGGCUGCUUUGCCAAAUUAACAAAUACAUACUGUCUUGUUGCAAUUGGUGGGUCAGAGAACUUCUACAGUGUCUUUGAAGGCGAAUUGUCAGAAACCAUCCCAGUCGUACAUGCCUCAAUAGCAGGAUGCCGGAUAAUUGGAAGAAUGUGUGUGGGAAAUCGUCACGGGCUUCUGGUGCCCAACAACACCACAGACCAGGAGCUACAGCACAUUAGGAACUGCCUUCCAGAUACGGUGAAGAUCCAGAGGGUAGAGGAGAGGCUUUCAGCGCUGGGGAACGUCAUUGCCUGUAAUGACUACGUGGCCCUGGUGCAUCCUGAUUUGGACAGGGAGACCGAGGAGAUCCUGGCUGACAAUCUGAAGGUGGAGGUAUUCCGUCAGACAGUAGCAGAGCAAGUUCUAGUGGGGAGCUACUGUGCCUUCAGCAAUCAGGGUGGACUUGUACACCCCAAGACCUCUAUAGAAGACCAGGAUGAGCUCUCAUCCCUGCUCCAAGUGCCUCUGGUGGCAGGAACAGUAAAUCGUGGUAGUGAGGUCAUCGCUGCAGGGAUGGUGGUAAACGACUGGUGCGCUUUCACCGGGCUGGACACCACCAGCACAGAGCUGUCCGUAAUCGAGAGUGUGUUCAGACUGAGCGAAGCCCAGCCCAGCACUAUUGCCACUGCAAUGAGAGAUUCUCUAAUUGACAGCCUCACAUAAGAUGUCAUUACACCUUCAAUGCAAGGUAUGAGAAGCAUGUAAAAACUCUUGCUGAAAGCAAGCAGAUGGACAUUUCUCCCAUCAAACUUGUCAUUUAAUAUGAUUAAGUCCUUCCAUGUUGAACAUUGGAAAUGUGUACUUUAUAUCCAGUGCUAGACUUCAUUAUUCCGAAACGUUGUACAAUAGCUAUGUAUGGAUAUUGUAACUGAAAUGUAGAACUGGCUGUAAUGAAUCAAUAUUUGUCAGUAAGUGUCCUAAAUGUUAAAUUUGAGGGCCAGAUUUUAGUUCCUCUAUUUUUAGAAUUUGAAACUGGAAUUAAAAGGUGUCGCCAUGCUUUGGGAAACUAGGAAAAUCCCAUAUGUGAAGUAGAAAAUAUCAUUUUUGUUGACAAUUACUUUACAGAAAAGCCUUGCAUGGCAAAUGCUUAACAUGGUUGAGAUGUUGGAUGUCCUCUGCUGGUUUUUGUAAUGUACAAUAAAAAGGUUAGUAACAACA